AUGGCGACCUCAACGCUCCACGCAGCGAACCUCUUCAAUGUUAACGGUCUCGUUGCUGUUAUUACCGGUGGCGGAACAGGUAUUGGCUUGAUGAUGACCCGAGCUCUCGCUCUCAACGGUGCCGCCAAAGUGUACAUUAUUGGCCGCCGGAAGGAACCUCUUGAAGCUGCUGCCUCUUCCAUAGAGACAGGAAAUGUCAUUCCUAUCGUCGGUGAUGUGACCGAUAAAGAAGUUCUCGCUUCGAUCGUCUCGAGGAUCGAGUCCGAAGUAGGAUACAUCAACCUUCUAGUAGCCAAUUCUGGCAUGGCAGGUCCUCAAGCCACACAAAUCCCCACUGCAUCUUCCUCCCUCUCUGAGUUCACUGCCGCAUAUGGAAGUCCUAGUGUGUCGGACGUGGUUAAAACUUUUGAGUUAAAUACAGUUGCCGUUUAUUUCUCUGUCAUGGCUUUCUUGGAUUUGUUGGACAAGGGCAAUAAGAAAGGGAAUGUCUCGCAGACCAGUCAGGUUAUUGCCACUAGCUCCAUUACUGCGUUUAACAGAAAUAUACCUGGAUCGUUUAUCUACGGGCAAACCAAAGCUGCUACGACACAUCUAAUGAAGCAAUUGAGUACACAAUUAGUGCCGUAUGAUAUUAGAUGCAAUACUAUCGCGCCUGGUUUAUUCCCCUCUGAGAUGGCUGCUGGAAUCAUCGGUAGUGGGGUUUUCCCCAGAGAGAGGAUUCCAUUGCAAAGAGUAGGCACGGAAGAAGAAAUGGCCGGCUGUAUUCUCUUUUUGGCAUCGAAGGCAGGGGCUUAUUGUACUCACGCUCUUAUUGUGGUUGACGGAGGCCGCAUCAAUUGUUUUGGAGCAAAACUCUGCAUUGUCUGCUCAUUUCAUCAAAUGAGACCCGGCUGGACAGAGAAUUUGGAAGAGAACUUUUUCCCAGACCUGGCAGAUGUGCAAAACAAGUUUAUUCCAACCAAAAAAUCGCUCACCAAGCAGAUAGAGAUAUUGACGGCGAAGAGAAUGAGGGAAAGGGGUGGCAAAAGAAGACGAAGGAUACCAAAUAUCGAAUCUGCUCAAGGAAACGCAAAGGAAGAUCGCGGACCUCAACAAUAUCCGGCCGAGGCAAAGCACAGCGCCAACAAAGAAUAA